AUGGACAAGCUUAAGUUUGAUGUGCCAAAGUUGCCAGGAUGGGUCUCUGCUCUGAUAAAAGUUGGAGUUCUUGGAGGUGCUACUAUAUAUACUUUGUCAAAGAGCCUUUACAAUGUGGAAGGAGGUCAGAGAGCUGCUGUAUUCAAUCGUAUUGUUGGUGUGAAAGAGAAAGUGUACCCUGAAGGAACUCAUUUUCUGAUUCCCUGGUUUGAAAGACCCACAAUUUAUGAUGUUCGUGCACGUCCCUAUAUUGUUGAGGGUACUUCGGGCAGCCAUGAUCUCCAAACGGUUAACAUAGCUCUUCGCAUUCUUACGCGCCCUGUGGCAGAUCAACUACCAACCAUCUAUCGAAGCCUUGGUGAAAACUUCAAUGAACAGGUCCUGCCUUCUAUAGUUCAUGAAACUCUGAAGGCCGUUGUUACUCGGUACAAUGCAAGCCAGCUCAUAACUCAGAGAGAGACUGUCAGUCAGGAGAUUCGAAGCCUUUUGAUUAAAAGAGCAGCUUCCUUUAACAUUGCACUUGAUGAUGUGUCUAUAACUAGUCUGACUUUUGGAAGGGAAUUUACUGCUGCAAUCGAGGCAAAGCAAAUAGCUGCACAAGAAGCUGAGAGGGCUAAAUUUGUUGUGGAAAAAGCUGAACAGGAGAAGAAAAGUGCAAUAAUCAGAGCACAGGGUGAAGCCGCGAGUGCAGAGCUAAUUGGUAAAGCUACUGCUGAAAACCCUUCAUUUAUCACACUUAGAAGAAUUGAGGCUUCAAAGGACGUUGCUCAAACAAUAUCAAACUGCUGCUAAUCACGUGUACUUGAAUUGAGAUGACCUGUUGCUCAACCUUCAGGGAAUGAACUUGUCCAUCUCUAGUCUGAGAAAAUGAAUUAAGAAGGAUCUCAGCUUUUCUUAAGUCGGGGGAUUUUUAGGUAUGUGGUGAAUGAUAUCAAUAGCUAUAGUGAGUGUUCAAGCCCCCGUUUAGCAUCAAACAUUACAGAUGUUUCUAAAACUUAAUUUGUAGUACCUCCUUUGCAAGGCAUGUGAUGUGGUCAUUUAACUACUUUAAGCAUUCUUUGUCUUGUUAGUCAACAUUUGCUGGAAUAUUUUAUGCUCUUACUCAUCACAUUCUUGGACUUUGUGAACGGCUGGCUUAGUAUGGCCAUCAAAAUCUUUAAGCCUUUUGGUGUUCACAAGGCUGU